UCAGCAGCAGCAGCCGCCGAGCCCGCCCGUGCCAGCAUGUCGGACCCGGGAACAGCGCAGAGCGCCAGCUGCAUGGACCAGGUCAAAGCCUACGUGCGGACCAGGAAGGGGAUAGUCCUGGCGACGGAGAUAGUUUUCUGCAUCAUCGUCCUGAUCUGCUACGCGGCCUCGCGCCACCCCGGAUACCUCGGCGUCGCCAUCACCGAACUCGUAUUCAGCACCGUCUUCUUCUUCCUGUUCGCCCUUCGCUACGACCAGCAGUUCGCCUUCAUCCACUGGGGCUGGACGGAUUUCCUACGCGCAGCUUUAGGCGCCGCCCUCUUCAUCAUCCUCUGCAUUAUAUGUCUCAUCCGCGGUGGUGACGGGGCUGGUAUAGCCGGAUCGGUGAUUGGGCUAUUGACCGGUGUGCUGUUGGCUUAUGAUGCUUUCCUCACAUUUCCUAAACUGAGGAGGACACACGCGCCGGCUGCCACCGAGUCUCCGGAUAAUAUUUAACUCCAUGAUGGACAAGCGGGAGGGAUCCCUCACACAAGCUACAUGCC